AUGCCGGUCUCAAUGUACGCUACACUGCUCACGGCUAUUGUUCUCAACGUCAAUGCCGUCAAAAGCUCUGGCUCCUGCGAUAGUGUCGACGCGGGGUAUCGCUGCGAUUCGCCGACAUCUCAUUUCUGGGGCCAAUACUCACCGUGGUUUGCUGUCCCGUCAGAGAUCGGCCUCGCGCCUCCGCAGGAUUGCGAAGUGACUUUCGCGAACGUGCUGUCCCGCCAUGGCGGCCGCGAUCCCACCCAGGCCAAAACCACGACAUACCACUCUCUCAUCACAGGUAUCCAACAGAACGCGACAGGGUUCCCUGGUGACUACGAGUUCCUGGAGCAUUACAACUAUACCUUGGGCGCCGAUGACCUCACAGAUUUUGGAAGGCAAGAGAUGGUCAACUCAGGUGCGCAUUUCACGCGCAGAUAUGAGAAGCUAUUGCACAAGCACAAGCCUUUCGUGAGAUCCAGCGGUCAAGGUCGCGUCGUGGAGUCAGCGCAGAAGUGGCUUACGGGUGUUGCGCAAUCGCUGAAGACGCAGACUAGAGCCGUCGACGUGAUAAUCCCGGAGGCUACGACAUCCAACAACACCCUGUCCCACGACACAUGCCCUGCCUUUGAGACGGGCGCGUACAGCGACCUCGGCGCAGCCGCACAGAAGGCAUGGUCAUCAAAAUUCGUCCCGCCCAUCCAGAAACGCAUCAAUGGCGCCCUCGGCUUGAAUCUCACCACCAGCUCCAUCAUCAACCUCAUGGAUAUGUGCCCGUACGACACGCUCGCAAGUCCCAACUCGACACUAUCCGACUUCUGCCAUCUGUUCGCCGAAGCCGAGUGGCACGCUUACGACUACUACCAAACCCUUGGCAAAUUCUUCGGCUACGGCGCAGGUAACCCCCUCGGCGCAACACAAGGCGUGGGCUACGUCAACGAGCUCCUCGCGCGCCUGACCGGAAAGCCGGUGGUCGAUCACACCAACACCAACACAACCCUGGAUGCGCAUCCGGCAACCUUCCCCCUGCACAACAAGGUCUACGCGGACUUCAGUCACGACAACGAUAUGAGCGGUGUCUUUGCCGCGCUGGGACUGUACAACACUACGAAGCUGUCAAACGGCACUGUUAAGAGCGCGCAGGAGACUGGGUUUUCGGCUGCGUGGACGGUUCCGUUUGCGGCGCGGAUGUAUGUCGAGAAGUUGCGGUGCAAGCACGAUAAAGAGGAGUUUGUCCGUGUUGUUGUCAAUGAUCGCGUGCAUCCCCUAAAAUUUUGCGGUGGUGAUGAGCUCGGUAGGUGUACGCUGGCCCGUUUUGUGGAGAGCCAGGGGUUUGCUAGGAGUGGCGGGGGCUGGGAGAGGUGUUAUGUCUGA